ACGGAUUGAAUUUUGUUCUUUGUGACUGACUGCCGUUUUCGCGGUGGAAAAGGGAUUGAGGGAAAACCCAGGCCGGGUCGGGACAGGCAAGGCAUAUAACGUAAACGUAACGAAUUGCUGGCAGUCGCGUCGGUUAAUAGCAGCAGCGCUGAGAACUUGGCCCGCAGUCAGUGACUACACUCGGCACGGGCACCAUCAUCAUCGUCUCUUUGUAUUGACUGAUAAAAAAAAAAAGAAACAAAAACCAAACCAAAAGUAACAAAAACGAAAAAAGAAAAGCUUUCAUAUAUUUGUGCUCUGCUAUCGCGCUCGGGGGCAAAAUGAACUGAAUUCGAACUGGGGAAUAGAUCGAUUGCUUUAUAACUUUCGGGCUUGUACUAAAUAUAAGUAAUACUGCAACACAUACAAACAAGGGGCAGCAAUAACUACACUAGACUUCCCCACCGCCCCCAAAGACCAACCACAUUAUCAUCGUCGUCGUCGGUAUUAUCACCAUGAGUAACACUAUGACAGCUGCCCACGAACCGAUUCACUACCUGGACAGCAUUCUGAAUGAAGAGGAGAGAGGUGCUUACAGCCAUCAGUGGCGCAAUUUCACCAUCUCCCGUUCCGGCCGUUUCCGAUCGAAGAACAAGAAGCGCGAUGCCGUCGACGGUAAACUCUUCGAUGCCGCCCACAAUUCGGGAGGAGUGUCUGCCAAAGAAAACAACGAAAAGAUCUCAUCGCGCAACACAGCCGUAACCGUAACCGCAACCGCAACCGCUAACAUGUUCAGAUCCUCCACCUCUGCACAGACACAGUCCCCAGUUUCGGGCACAUCUGCAGCAGGAAACACAACACGAAGUCAACGUGACAAAACAGAGACCUAUAAAAGUUUUUACGAAACGAAUUUAUAGAUAAUGAACGAAUUGACGGCUUAUUAUUCUUAUUAUAUUCACCAUACAUAUAUGUAUAUAUACUUAUAUAUAACAUUUAAUGACGCUUUAUUAAAUCAAAAGAAGGACAGAGAGGAAGGAAAUGCCUAGCUGGGGCUGCUCUGGCUGCUGGAUGAAGCUUUAGUAUUACAUAAAUAUAUAUUCAUUUCCGGAGAUUUGAUAUCAAUUUCUCCACAUAUGUUCUUAUAUCGCCUGUACAUUAAUAUCUCUUGCUUUGCUUAUAUUAGACAAGUAUUAAAACGUGAUACCUAUAUUUAAUUAUAUGUUAGAAUUACUUUAUGAAGGAUUAUUGUUUAAUCUUACCAAUAAAGCACAAGGUUCGAUUAAAACUA